ACGCCCCGCCAUGUCCAGCAGCCCGGCGCGCGACCGCCUGGAGCUGGAGAUGCACGCCGUGCCGCCCGCCGGCGACGACGCGGAGGCCGGCGACGGGCAGCCGCAGCGAUUCGAGGUGUUCGCCGUGGCAGACGAGUGGCGCUCGCUCGGCCAGCUGACGAGGGAGGUGCCGCCGCGUGCAGAGCACUACCGCGACUUCACCAACUCGCCGCACGCCUACCGGCCCACACUCGACGAGCUGCACGAGGGCAAGUACUCCGGCAAGAACGAAAUCAAAGAAGAAGAAGAAACUCUUCAAAAGAAGAAGGGGAAAGUCAUAAAAUUCGGAUGGGUAGAAGGCGUAUUUAUGCGAUGCCUGCUCAACAUCUGGGGUGUAAUGCUAUUCCUGCGACUUUCUUGGGUCGUGGGACAGGCCGGCAUAGGGGAAGGAGUUGGUGUGAUAGUCGUAGCAAACUUUGUUACGUUAUUAACCACUAUCUCAAUGUCGGCGGUCUGUACCAAUGGACAGAUAAAAGGAGGCGGUAUUUAUUACAUGAUAUCUCGAUCUCUUGGUCCUGAAUUUGGCGGCGCUAUCGGUCUGAUGUUCACCCUAGCCAAUGCUAUAGCUGUAUCGAUGUAUAUUGUUGGUUUCUGCGAGUCACUGCAGGACCUGCUAAGAGGUUAUUCACUCACCAUUGUUGACGGUGACAUCAAUGAUAUAAGGAUCGUUGGCAUCAUAACACUUGUUGCUAUUCUAAUACUGGCGCUGGUUGGAAUGGACUGGGUGACAAGGACGCAGAUGAUACUUCUAUUUGUUCUGAUUGCUGCGCAAAUAGACUUUAUAGCAGGAAGUAUAAUCGGACCAAAGAGCGCCGAGGAAAGGUCUAGAGGAUUUGUGGGCUACAAUAUGGAGACUUUCAAAGAAAACUUGUGGAACGACUAUCGUUACUAUGAGGGAGUCCAUCACAACUUCUUCUCCGUCUUCUCUGUCUUCUUCCCGGCCGUCACUGGAAUUGUGGCUGGAGCCAAUCUGUCGGGGGACCUCAAAGACCCAAGCAGCUCUAUACCACUGGGGACUCUGUUGGCGAUCGUCGUCACAUUCCUGUCGUACGUUGGCUACGCUUUCAUGGUGGGCGCCUGCGUACUGAGAGAUGCUACUGGCAACGAAACCAUGUACCCCAUGGACGUAUUUGACAACGCAAGCAGUGUAGAUCCAUUAUCACUCAUCAAUUACUGCGCCAACUCAACGUGCAAAUUCGGACUUCAGAACGAUAAUCAGGUGAUGGAGCUGGUGUCGUGGUGGGGACCUCUGAUCUACGGCGGGUGCUUCGCAGCGGCACUAUCGUCAGCUAUUGCAAGUCUCGUGGGAGCUCCUCGAGUUUUACAGGCCCUCGCAAAGGACAGGCUGUAUCCAUUCAUAGGAUUCUUCUCCGUUGGGUAUGGUGCGAACAACGACCCUGUCAGAGGUUAUAUCCUCGUGUCGCUAAUUUCCUUCGGAUGCAUAUUAAUUGCACAGCUGAAUGCGAUCGCACCUUUGCUCUCCAACUUCUUCCUCGCAGCCUACGCUCUAAUCAACUUCUCCGUCUUCCAUGCUUCCAUAUCAAAGAGCCCCGGUUGGAGACCAGCGUUCAAGUACUACAAUGCGUGGGUGAGCCUGCUGGGAACCCUCAUGUGUAUCGGAGUGAUGUUCCUCAUGUCUUGGGUGAUGGCGCUCAUCACCUUCGUUGUGGUAGUCACCCUCUACCUGUACGUUUCCUACCGCAAACCAGACGUGAACUGGGGCUCAUCGACACAGGCGCAGUGCUACAACUCUGCGCUGAAGGCGAUGCUGGAGCUGAACCACGUGGAGGAGCACGUGAAGAACUUCCGGCCGCAGCUGCUGGUGCUGGCGGGCAUGCCCGGCACACGGCCGCCGCUCAUCGACUUCGCAGCACUCAUCACCAAAGGCAUCUCACUGCUUGUCUGUGGACAUGUGGUCAGCGGAAGGCAUUCUCAGCGUGUGCACAAUGCUCUGUCACGAAAAGCGUACCUGUGGCUGCGCAAGCACAAGAUAAAGGCGUUCUUCGACGUCGUGGACAGCGACAACUUCGAGACGGGCACCGAGACGCUGAUGCGGACCUCUGGGCUGGGCAAGCUGAGACCCAACACCGUCCUCAUGGGGUACAAGGCCGACUGGCAGCACUGCGACCACGACGAGCUCCGCAACUACUUCAACAUCAUACACAACGCCCUGGACAGAUACCUCGCUGUAGGCAUAUUGAGACUCGACGGAGGCCUGGAUUACUCGAGGGUUCUGCAGGACGACGAGUUCGUUCCAAUAUCUAAACUGGACAAAAAGGACGAAGAGGAGAAGCUUAGGAGAAAUCAGUCAGCUUGUCAACUUACACAAGGUAAAUAUGACAUCACGUCAUCUGUAAACACAGAUAAUUUAAAUUCAGACACACAACACCCAAGCAUGAACUGCCGUCCACGGUGAUCACAUAGCCUGCCAAGAACCAUUUCACAUUUGACAGUGUCUAGCAAGAAAAUUAGGAUUGUACUGAAGGCUGAAAGGCAUAAUCACCAGCUGUUCCUGGGGCCCACCGGCGAGCCGCUCAGCCCCGAGCUGCUGGCGCGGCUCACGCGCUUCCGCCAGAAGCAGCCCAAGGGCUACAUAGACGUCUGGUGGCUCUACGACGAUGGCGGUUUAACGCUGCUGAUUCCAUACAUCCUGAGCACGAGGUCACAGUUCUCUGGUUGCAAGCUGAGGAUCUUUUCGUUAGCGAGCAGCAAAAACGAACUCGACAGAGAGCAGAGAAAUUUAGCUGCGCUCCUGUCAAAAUUCCGAAUCGACUACAGCGAUGUGGUCGUGAUACCGAACAUCACUCAGCAAGCACAAGAAAAAACAAGAUUGGAAUUUGAAUCUCUGAUCGAGAAAUUCCGAAUUAACAGCAGUAAUGGAGAGAACUCUUCCAACGCCAAUCAAGGGAUUUACAUAACAGAUUCUGAGCUGUUCGCUCUAAAGGAAAAAACGAACAGACAUAUGAGGCUGAGAGAACUGCUGUUGGAAUAUUCCAUCUCAUCAACUUUUGUUGUAAUGGCGCUUCCUAUUCCACGGAAGGGAGUUGUGUCCGCACCUCUGUACAUGGCGUGGCUGGAGCUGCUGACCAGAGGAAUGCCGCCGUACCUCAUCCUCAGGGGAAAUCAGACAUCUGUCCUCACAUUCUAUUGUUGAAAACUUUGUUGCUAGUCCUAAAAUUAUAAUUAGAACAAAUUAAUAGAGAAUUUUUCGAUUUCAUCUGUCACAUACAUUAUAUUUGUUGCCUAUUUAUAUUCAUAACAUGAAAUGUACCAAAUAAUUACAUCAAGAAAUUUACUUUUGUAAAUAAACUUUUUUAUUUUCAA